GUGAGCCUAAUCCUGCUGGAUCAGUCACCUGACAAGCGACACCUGAAAGAUGAAUUCUUCCCGGAUCCAGCCAGUACCAGCUUUCGCCGACCAGUGAAUGCCGAGAUGAACGUUGCGAGUGGCUGUCCCCUGUUUGUAGCCCACACUGUCCUGGACAACCCAAACAAUCAUUAUGUGAAGGAUGACAUGCUGUUCAUCAAGAUUCUUGUGGACACGUCCAAUAUCCCGCCCAUAUAG